AUGCACGCCUUGGCGCACUCCAGUGAAUUUGCUUUCAAUACUUUGAUUCUGGGGAACACAGAUUCUGAGACCAGAUCUGCUUUUUGGGAACAUGUCUCAAAACAGAAACCCUGGUCAAAUCAACCCUGCAUACAUGCGGCACAUGCUAGCUGCACAUUGGACAAACUGGUUGGUUGCAGCAUACACGGCGAUGGAACUCAAAUGUACCGUGAAGAUGAAUUCUUUUGCUGGUCGUGGUCCAGUAUUUUUGCUUCCAUGAGUGGAAUUUGCAAAGACGUGUUGCUGAUAAAAUACCCUAUCGCUGUCAUCCCCGAGAGGCAAAUGAGGAGCCAGGAGGUUCGGGAUGCUGCCCAUGCGAAGAUUGCUGAGCUUGUCACAUGGUCUCUUCGGAUAGCUUCCAACGGGGUCGGGCCUGACGUGGGGUUCAGAGGGGAAGCCUUCAAGGAGGGCACCCAACGCUGGAAUCUCCGAGGGAAAGAAUUAUCAAAGGGAUUCAAGUUAUGCUUCUUCUGUUUCAAGGCGGAUCUAAAGGCCCGCAAACAGAUGCAUGUCUUCGAGCGGUACUACCAAUGCAACCUGUUCUGUGAUCGCUGCAUGGCCCUUCAAGGACCCAAUUGCCCCGAACAUAUGGAUUACAGGAACAUUGGUCCAAGUGCGGCUUGGCCCCUCACGGAAAUUGAUGACGCAUUCUAUCGGACAUUGGAUGCCCAUUCAUUGUCACCAUGGUUGCAAAUGGACGGGUUCAAUUUGGGUUGUAUAGCCUAUGACUGGAUGCAUAACGUUUUCCUCGGAACUGCAAGAGACCUAGUCGCCAGUGGCAUCUUUGUUUUAAUUUCCAGCGGGAGAUUUGGGCCACCAACGGACGAUAUGGAUGAGAUCUUAUGCCGAGUUCAGAGAAGCAUGCACAGAACUUGUGCAGCAAAUGGGAUGAGAUUGCCUUCCAAGCCCCACCUGACCGUUGCAAAUCUUCGUGCUGACGAAGGGUACGCUGAGAUGGGAACCCGGUUCAAGGCUAGCCACAUUAGGUUGUUGGUGAGGUGGCUGGCACGUGAGACCCAGAUCUUCGCAGAUGCCAACCAAAAUGACUGCGUGGUGAACGUGUUGGCUGCAUGUGCCUACAAUCUGCAACGGGCUUGCGAACUCGUUGAACACGGGUCACCCCUUCUUUUUUCUGAGGAGGAUUCAGUUGAAGCGAGUUCAUGCAUUCGUGCACACCUCAAAGCCUUUUGGUGGUUGGCAUACUACUUCUUUCAGCGAAGGGAACUUCUUUUCAAAUUGCGAUGCAAAUCGCAUUACCUUUUUCACACAGCUGAUGACAUAGAAAGGUACAGGAUCAAUCCUGCUGUGAUGCACUGCUUUGGGGAGGAGUCUUUCCUAGGAAAAGUCAAAUCCAUUUUGGUGUCUUGCCACGGUGCAACCUGUACGCAUAGUUUCUUCAUGAGAUACUUGCUAGCGGUAUCUGUCAGCUUAAAAGAGUUGAAAGAGAAAGAGAACCAAUUUGAGUAG